CACCAUCACCGACCACCAUGUGGAUUUAUGGAGGCUUCACCUCUAGAGGGGGAGCCAUGGCUGCUCUUUUGCUGCUGCUUCUACCAGCGUUCUUUCCUACCCUUUUCACUACUUUCAUCUAUGCUUCACCUUCCAUUCUCUCGGAAUCGAUUAUCGCAAAACCCAGGCACUCGAGCCUUUUCAAAAGUGCUCUGCAACGUGAAACUACCCCUGAAGAAAAAGCUGAAAUAUGGAUGCCCUUGGCCAACCAAGGAUGGAAACCCGUUCCUGAUUCGGGUCUUUUCUCCACAGAGUUCUCUGAAAAAUCAGAGGGAUAUCUUCAGGUGUUCCUCGAUGGAGGAUUGAAUCAACAGAGAAUGGGGAUAUGCGAUGCAGUUGCGGUUGCGAAAAUUCUGAACGCUACGCUCGUGAUCCCUUAUUUGGAAGUAAAUCCAGUUUGGCAAGAUUCGAGCUCCUUCAUGGAUAUCUUUGAUGUCGAUCAUUUCAUCGAGGUUUUGAAAGACGAUAUCUCUAUAGUAAAGGAGUUGCCUGAUGAGUUUUCGUGGAGCACGAGGGAGUAUUAUUCUACGGCUAUUCGACCGACUAGAAUCAAGACAGCACCGGUUCAUGCUUCUGCAAACUGGUACUCGGAGAACGUGCUGCCCGUCCUUCGAAGUUAUGGAAUCGCGGCAAUUGCACCGUUUUCUCACCGAUUGGCAUUUGACAACAUGCCCAAGGAUAUCCAGCAUCUACGCUGCAAAGUAAACUUUCGAGCAUUAGUUUUCGUACCGCAUAUCAGAGCCCUCGGAGAUGCUCUUAUUCAUCGCCUCCGAUAUCCUGCUAGCAAAGACGAAGGGCCUCAGAAGUUUGUGGCGGUUCACCUCCGCUUUGAUAAGGAUAUGGCUGCCCAUUCAGCUUGUGAUUUCGGUGGGGGUAAGGCCGAGAAACUCUCGCUAGCAAAGUACCGACAGAUAUAUUGGCAGGGAAGAGUGCUGAACUCUCAAUUCACCGACGAGGAGUUGAGGAGUCAGGGGCGGUGCCCGCUGACCCCCGAAGAAGUUGGAUUAUUGCUGGCAGCUUUAGGCUUUGACAACAACACCCGCUUAUAUCUUGCUUCCCACAAGGUUUACGGUGGCGCAGCCCGGAUAUCAGCCUUGAGACGAUUGUUUCCACUGAUGGAGAACAAGAAGAGCCUCGCCUCUUCAGAGGAAAGAGGUGAAAUUAAAGGAAAGGCUUCCUUACUAGCUGCAGUUGAUUACUAUGUCGGUAUGCACAGCGAUAUUUUCAUUUCUGCAUCACCCGGAAAUAUGCACAACGCAAUGGUGGGACAUCGAACGUACCAUAACUUGAAGACCAUAAGGCCCAACAUGCAACUCCUAGGCCAACUCUUCCUGAACAAAAAUCUAACGUGGCCAGAGUUCCAAGACGCCGUGAUCGAAGGGCACGCGAACCGACAAGGCGAGAUCCGCCUCCGCAAACCCGCUAAAUCUCUCUACACAUAUCCUGCCCCUGAUUGCAUGUGCAAUGCUUGAAGCUGGUGAUGUGUGGGGUUAUGAUACUCUUUAUAUAUAUGUGGGAUUGGAAACAAUUGUUUGUGCAUUGUAUUAGUUGGAAAUAAAAAGCCACCCCCCCAUCUUUGUUCAUCUAUAUAGGAAUAUCACUUCAUUAUUUAAGUUUUGGGGGUGGAAGAUGAUGUGUACCAUGCUUAGGUUUAUUGCUGUCAUGACAUAUAUACACAACUAUUUCAUGAAUAGAGAGCUUUGUAGAUUUAUAUAUUUAA